AAACCGGAAGUGAGCGGCUGAUUGACGUACGGCGUGUCUGCUCCCCGCUAGGUUUAGGGCUAGCAGCAACUACGGUCACCACAACAAUGUUUUCUCCACCAACAAAACGCGGCUCGUGGACAUGCCUUCUUUUCCUGUGGAUAUAUUUGACGUCGGUCGCUGCCAAGUCGGACAGCCUCAAAGAACUAACCGACAGCAACUGGGAGGAAAUCCUGACAGGAGAAUGGAUGAUUGAAUUCUACGCACCGUGGUGUCCAGCAUGUCAGCAGCUGCAGCCGGUGUGGAAGGAGUUUGCGGACUGGGGGGAGGACAUGGGAGUCAACAUAGCCAAGGUGGACGUGACAGAGCAACCUGGUCUGAGCGGGCGAUUCAUCAUAACCUCACUUCCUACCAUUUACCAUUGUAAGGAUGGGAUCUUCCGGAAAUACCAAGGAGCUCGCACCAAAGAAGACUUCCUCAGCUUUGUUGAUGAGCAGAAAUGGGCUACUCUGGAGCCAGUCUCCUCCUGGUUCGGACCGUCCUCAUUUUUGAUGAAUUCAAUGUCUGCUCUGUUCAAGCUCUCCAUGUUCAUCCGGCGUUGUCACAACUACAUGACGGAUCAGAUGGGGAUUCCUGUUUGGGGUUCUUACGUUAUCUUUGGCCUGGCCACUCUGUUCUCCGGCCUCGCUUUGGGUCUGUUGUUGGUGUUCAUCGCAGAUUUCGUUUUCCCUUCACGCCGAUUUUCUUCGUCUGAUUACUACCAGAAGAAGCAGAGCAUGGACCAGGCCCGGUUACUGCAGCAGCAGGAGGAAGACCAGGAGGCCGACGGCGAGGAAGACGACGAGGAGGAGGAGGAAGACGAGGACGACGUCUGGAGGAGGAGGAGAGGGUCUCCCGAAGGCCGCCCAGAACCCAAGGGCCAGGGCUUCUCCGACGAAGCCCUGAGGAAGAGGAUGGUGGUGAACCGUGAGGAGGACGAGGAGGACACAUAGAGAGGCGGCGCGGAGCUUCACGUGGCCCCUCCUUUCCAUACGAGCUCCGUGGAGUCGGAGGAGCAGCAGCAGCAGCAGCAGCGUUUAGAGCAGGGAGUCCAAAAAUUACCCUCUUCCUCCUCCUCCAGAAAACACCUCGCUUCUUCUAUUCUCCCUCCUUUCCUCGUUUUUUAAAAACAGGAGCACUUCAGACUGUCUCCACCUGAGCAGCAGGCUCCGUCCGGAUCAAACCAACAACAACAACAACAACAAAUCCUGACACCCGUUCCUUUUCCCCCUCUGGAAACAAAUCUUCCGGCUGAGGUUUAAAAGUAUGAAGUGCGGUCCGGCUGGAUUUUGCGAUGCUGUUUAUGCUAUGCAUUGUUUUUUAAACGACGUGUGUGUGUGUGUGUUAACUAUAUUUUUUAUCUCGGAAUGAUCACACCAGGCUUAAAGGUUUAUGUUUAAAAUUUCACUCUUCAGUCCGAGCGCAUAAAGUCUCCACAACAAUCCCGCACCAUUCCACUUUAUCCAGUUCCUCCCUAAGAUUUCAGUCCUGAGUUCAUUUCUCUCGUGCAGGAUUUAAACUGCUACACAAUAAAUAAAUAAAUUAAUCUGUCACCAGUUGUUUUUAAUGUGAAACAACUGCUGGCAGUAAGAAAGACGGAGACAUUAUUUGUCCCUUGUGCAUAUUGUAAUUAGAGUAAAUGCUAAAUUUAAAUAUAUUGGAAACAUCUGGAUUUAGUUAGCACAGGUACAUAUGGGGCAGGAACCCUUUCUGAUAGCAUCAGUGCUUCGCUCCACAGUGACUUAACUGAGCUGCACUGCUGUUACCACUUCUCCUUCUUCUUCUUCUUCUAAUAAAGGAACUCAUAAUCUGUCUAAAUAAAAAAGGCCUGGUGAGCGUCGUCGUGUAGAUACGUCCCCGUAAUGUAUCAUCAGUCUGAUAAACCAUGUGAUUUUUAUGUUCAGUUUUCUAAUGUUUACGUGUGUGUGAUUGUAAAAAGGACUUGUGCUAAUAAAAAGCGCAGGAUGUGCAUGACGUGAUGAUGUGGCUGUGGAGCAGAUCAGUGACGGGAGUGAUGGGACUCAACAAAAGGGAGGCCUCGUUAUCAGUAAUCUUUAAUCUUUUCAAUCACUUUGAGAUUAGUUUAUCUGCAUUCACCUGACACCGAGCUCUGUCUCUCUUUUCUCCAUGUGAGCUGUGUUUUAAUGCACAUUUCACUUUUUGGUGACACGCAAAAUGACAUCUAAUGGAGUUUUAUUUUGCUUUUUAGCCCCCCCCCCUCAAAAAACCUCAAAUCCAUUUGGUGAUGUUUGAAACUGGUUGUAAAUCUUUUUUUGUUUUGUUUGUUUAAUUCUUUUUUUUUUUUUUAACCUGAGCAGUAUUUAAGGCUUGUAGCAUUCUUACUUUACCCUGAGCCGGUCGUGCUCCUCAAUGAUUCUUUGAAUAAAAACGGUUAAAAAAAAAACAACAAAACAAAAAAAAUAAAAAAGAGACGUCUCUGUUUUA